CCCCAUUUCUUCAUAACAGAACACAACAACACUCUUCUCUCUCUUCGCUCUCUGUUGCCCACAUCAAUAGUCAAAAGCACCUUCUCUUAUCCUCCUCCUCCUCCUCCUCCUUCUCCUUCCUCCUCAUCUUCUUCUUUCUUCAGAUAUUGAAACUUACAACUCAGAGCCACGUACCAUGGACAUAACAAGCAGCACAACAGAUGAGAGCACGACCAGUGAGCUCUCAAUGUCGAUCUCACCCCCACCAAGACCCAACAACAACAAGCUCUCCUCCUCGCCGCCGCAGAGCCUCUGCCGCGUCGGCAGCGGAGCCAGCAGCGUCAUUCUCGACUCCGAGAACGGAAUCGAGGCCGAGUCCCGCAAGCUACCUUCCUCCAAAUACAAAGGCGUCGUCCCCCAGCCCAACGGCCGCUGGGGCGCUCAGAUUUACGAGAAGCAUCAGCGCGUCUGGCUUGGCACCUUCAACGAGGAGGGCGAGGCCGCCCGAGCCUACGACGUCGCCGCACAACGCUUCCGUGGCCGUGACGCAGUAACUAACUUCAAACCCCUAGCCGAGUCAUCCUCCUCCGCCACCGCCGCCGACAACGACGACGACGAAAUAGAGGCUGCCUUCCUCAACUCCCACUCCAAGUCCGAAAUCGUCGACAUGCUGAGGAAGCACACUUACAAUGACGAGCUGGAGCAGAGCAAGCGCAACUACGGAUUCGACGCCAACGGCAAGCGGCGGGCUCGUGGCGAGAGCGGCCCGGACAGCCGUUCCGCGAAAGCGCGUGAGCAGCUUUUCGAGAAAGCUGUCACGCCGAGCGACGUCGGGAAGCUGAACCGGCUUGUGAUCCCCAAGCAACACGCCGAGAAGCACUUUCCGCUGCAAAGUGGGAGCACCUGCAAGGGCGUGUUGCUCAACUUCGAGGACGUCGGCGGCAAGGUAUGGCGGUUCCGGUACUCCUACUGGAACAGCAGCCAGAGCUACGUGUUGACCAAAGGGUGGAGCCGGUUCGUGAAGGAGAAGAACCUCAAGGCCGGCGACAUUGUGAGUUUCCAAAGGUCGACGGGGCCGGACAAGCAGCUGUAUAUUGACUGGAAGACAAGGAGCAGUGGUGCGAAUCCGGUUCAGGCAGGGCCGGUAGAGAUGGUCCGGCUAUUUGGUGUCAACAUUUUCAAAAUACCUGGGAGCGGCACUGCUGGAGCUGUGGAGGCUCCUAUUGGUUGCAAUGUUGUGGGGAAGAGAAUGAGGGAGAUCGAGUUGUUGGAAUUAGAAUUUAGCAAGAAGCAGAGGAUAAUUGGAGCUUUGUAACAUUUCUUAGUUCUCUUUUUUGGCAAUUUUUUUUCUUGGUAGUUUUGUGAAGGGGGAAAAAGGGCUGGGGAGGUGUAGUUUGCAAGUUGCAAGUUUCGAGAGGUGAAUGAAUUUGUAUAUUACAUGACCAAAAAACCAAAGAAAGCUGAAGAAAGCAAAGGCUUUCGUUUGAAGUUUCAAUGAAACAAUUCUCCAAAGGAGGACUAUAACUGUUAGUUUGAUCUU